ACAAUAUAGAUCAUUAUGCAACUUUUCAAAGUGUUUAUGGAAUUGAAACGACUGAAGAACAUAGACUAACAUAUAUGCAAUCACAAGCAAAUGUAGAAUCUAUUCCAAAAUCUAUUUUGGUUGUAGGAAAAAUCCGUGAUUAUAUCUAUUGUGAAGAUUGUGGAAAACGUCGCUGUGUAUAUAGUGAUAAAUCCUUGACUUAUGAGGAACAAGAAGAUUAUCAACAAGCAUUAAAUUCAUAUUCAUAUUCUUGUGGUGCACCAAUCUUUCCUGACGAUCAUUAUUUAAAAGAGGUAGUGUUUGUGCAAAGAGAAGAUUUGGUAACUCCUCCUCAAUCUUUAAAAGAACGUUUUAAACAAAUUUAUCCUUUAUGUGAAGGAUGUCAAGAAAAUGGAAAAGAAUUUUAUACUAAAGGGGAGAUUAAAACCAAUAGACAUUCUAUCAAACGUCAUAAACAUAAAUAA